AUCACACUUUGUUUUUAUUUCAACUAACAACAAAGAACAGAUCAGCAUGUUAUACUAUUAAUUUGUUUUUCUUUGCAACAUAUAUAUUUAUAACCAAGCAUGUCUCUAAUCUUUGUAUCUACCCUUAGUUAAACAGGAAAUGUUGUAAUGUUGACUGAAACAUAACACCAGCCGUUCAUUGAAUUCAUAAUUGAACAACCUUUAGAAGAAAGAAGAAGAGAGAGAGAGAGAGAAAGAGAUUUGUCCCAAAGUUGUAGGAAAAAAAUGGUGAAUGCAAUAGUUAAGACUUAAGAGAGAACCUAACCCCACCACUGAAUGUAGCAACUAUUUGGAGUACCUUACAACCCACCUUCCAUUCCAUUUCCUUCACUCUCCUCUUCCCUGCUUUGUCAAACAUGUUUCCAAACAAGGCCUGCCUUCUCGCUUUCCUCCUCCUCCUUCGCAGUACCAUCCAUUUAACCGCAGCCAUUGGUGUCUCUGUUGGGGUUGGUGGUGGUUUUGGAGUAGGCGUUGGCAUUGGCAAUGGCAAUGGCAAUGUUGGCAAUGGCAACACCCCAUCAGAGCCUCCCUCAUCAAAGUUGGAGAGUGCCUACAAAGCUCUGCAGGCAUGGAAAUCAGCCAUCUCCGAUGACCCUCUCAAGCUUCUAGAUUCAUGGGUUGGUCCUAAUGUCUGCUCCUACAAAGGAGUGUUCUGUUCACCCCCUCAAGACGAUGAAAUCUCUUCUCUUUCAACAUCUACUGCCACCGCCAACGUUGUAGUUGCAGGAAUCGACCUCAACCAUGCAAAUCUCCAAGGAACUCUCGUCAAAGAACUCUCUUUACUGGUUGACAUGUCUCUUCUUCACCUCAACAGUAACAGGUUCAGUGGCACAGUUCCCGACACAUUCAAAGACCUCGUUUCUCUGGAAGAACUGGACCUCAGCAACAACCACCUCUCUGGUCCAUUCCCCAUUGUUACUCUCUACAUGCCAAGCCUCCUUUACUUGGACCUCAGAUUCAACUCAUUCUCAGGUCAACUCCCUGAUGAACUCUUCAACAGGAAGCUCGAUGCCAUAUUCCUCAACAACAACCAAUUCCAAGGUGAGAUCCCUCAGAGCUUGGGGAAUUCACCCGCAUCGGUGAUCAAUCUGGCUAACAACAAGCUCAGUGGGAACAUUCCAACAAGUUUUGGGCUCAUGGGGAAUAAGCUCAAAGAGGUUCUGUUCCUCAACAACCAGCUAACAGGUUGCAUCCCUGAAGGGGUGGGUCUGUUUGAUGAACUUGAAGUGUUUGAUGUGAGCUUCAAUUCACUCAUGGGGCACUUGCCAGACACAAUAUCAUGCUUGCAAGACAUUGAGGUUCUCAAUCUGGGACACAACAAGCUCUCAGGAGAGUUAUCUGAUGUGAUCUGCUCCUUGACAAGUUUGGUGAACCUCACCGUUGCUUACAACUUCUUCUCUGGUUUGAGCCAGCAAUGCAGCAGGCUUUUCAACAUUGGCUUUGAUUUCUCAGGAAACUGCAUUCCUGGUAGAGACAUGCAGAGACCUCAACCAGAGUGUUCUGUUAUUCCAGGUGGCACCCUCAAUUGCCUUAGAAUCCCUACUCCAAGGCCUCUUGUUUGUGCUUCUUUGCCUCGAAUCAUCUUCUCCAAUAAUAUGCAAUCAUCCUCACACCAUACUCCUUCUUCUUCUUCUUCAUAUCCUUGAUUCAUUCAAUUACAGGUUCGCUAUGGAUUUUUCCAUUAAUUUAAUUCAAAGACCUGCUAAUUUUAUUCUUCCAUGGACGAUGAUUCACUAUUACACUGUACACACAUAUAUUAUUUGAUAUUAUAUUAGUAAAAUUUUCUUGAUUUUGAGGUCAAACAGAGAUAUGAAUUUAAUGUGGUUCGUAGUCUAUGAUUGUGUUAGCAAACAUGAUGAUUAAGUUUCCUUUAUGUGGUUGUUCAAUGCGUACAAGUGUCACGGGUUCUUGAUAGUA